AAAAUCUGGCUGAUAUAUAAAGAGCUCAAAUUCAAGCAGACAGGAAAAGGCGAGGAGAGAAAUCCCAUCUUCUCCUCCUUCGGACAAUCUUCAGACAAAAAUUCCCCAAAUACUGAGAAAUCGACAGAUCGGGCUGAGUAAUGGCGACGUUCGAAUUGUACCGACGGUCGACGAUCGGCAUGUGCUUGACGGAAACCCUAGAUGAGAUGGUUUCAAACGGGACGCUGAGUCCGGAGCUCGCGAUCCAAGUUCUUGUGCAAUUCGACAAGUCAAUGACGGAAGCGCUGGAAACACAAGUGAAAAGCAAGGUCACGAUCAAGAUGAGAUGGCUCACUAGCUUGAGGUUUUGCUCUCCCACCAACUUUUAUAUUGCUGUUUGGGAGAUAGGAUGUGUUUGGAGAAGCACUCAAAUGGUCAUUCUGCUUUCUUGUUUUUUUGAAAGGACCACGAGCAGAGAGGCGCUGCAAAGACUCUUCCUAAAUCCCAAAAAGACAUCUUCUCAAUUGUUUGGAGGAGUUCAUUGAUCCACCCACCCUGAAGAGGCUGGAGAAUUUGCCCCAAGUGACUCAUGAGAACUCGUAGCAUAAGAAUAGAUGGUACACUGUCUCCUCAUUCCAAAUUUCUAAGAUACAAACAUUUGUAAUGAGUAAUGACCAUGUUCCUGUUCUUCAUGGUCAAUGGUUGGCAAAGGAAACAUUUUCCGUUUGGGGGUAGAAUCACUCUCACCAACACAACUGUAGCCUAUAUGCCAGUCAAUUUCAUGUCCUUGUAUCCAGUUCCCUGUGAGUGCAAUUUACUGGUUGCUGGUUGGAGAUCCGAAGGGAUUUCUUGUGGCAAGAAGCGGAAGAGAAGCACAAGUUCCAUCUAGUUGAAUGGGGGAAAGUCUGUAAGCUGAAAGUCAAGUAGGGGUGGGGAUUAGAUUGUUGAGGCAAAUGAAAAUUGGAUGGCUUGGAAAAUGGCUCCAGAGAUCUGGGAGAGGAAGAUGUGAAAGCAAGUCAUCUCCUCCAAAUACAGGACCCAACCUGGGGGGUGGUGUGCUAAAGCCUCUUCCCUAUAUAGGGCCACUGGAUUUUGAAGAGGCUAGAACUUGUUCUUAAAUGCCAUUGCGGGGAGUAUUGGAGACUGUGUUUGGUUCCAAUUCUGGAGGAUGCAUGGAGUGCAACCAUGCUUUUUGCUGAGUCUAUCCCGAGUUUGACUGGGUAGGUAGCGGGAAGGAGAUAAUGGUUUCUCAGGUUUAUAAUAGGAUAGGUCAUUGUGUGGUUGCCGAUUUUCUGAAGUUCCCUUAAUGAUGAAGAAAUUGAGGAAUUUGUCAGCUGAAUGAAGUGCUUGAACGGUUGUGUUUUGAACUUGGGGGAAAGGGACGUUUUGGUGGAUUCUUAAGACGAUGGAAUAUUCUUGGUGAAAUCAUUUAACUCUAUGAUGUUGGGGAUUCUAAUGGCAAGUUUGUGCCCGGAUGGCGCCCAUUUGGCUGUAUCCAGACCCUCUUCGGGUACUUGCAGUCAUUAGCUUGGUGGUAGGUUUGCAAAGUUUUUCUUGAACUUUGAAGAAAGAUUUUUUAUUUUUAUUUUUAUUUUUUGCACCAAUGGGUGCAAAUAUGGAUCCUUUUCUUUUGUAAUUUUGUGUUUGGAUGAUGGCUUGUUGUUUGCAGCUUCUGCUAUCCCUUUUCCUCUUGUUGUAAUUUCGAUACUUUUGCGAAGUUACUAGUCUUUUAAAAAAAAGAAAAGAGAAGAAAAAAGAAAAAAGAAAAAAGAAAAGCAGGGAAUAUAGAAACCAAUGUACGCUGAUUUCCAUAAUUCAAGGGGUCUCUUGUAACUUCCAAUUCCUUUUGAUGCAUGAGUCUUCGCGGCAACAUAUAUCAAAUCCUACUCAAAAUCUGUCACACUGCCUAAAUGUAAUCAUCCACAGGCUAUCUAUGCCUAAUUGAAUAGGCUUUUACAAAAGUGUCUGAUGUUCGACAAUGAACUUCUGGCCCAUGAAGCAGUUGACAUGAAGGCUAACCCAUUUGCAUAUUGUCUUGGAGAACACGAGAACACAUAUUACAAGUCGGCAAGGAAUUGAAUAGCCAUUAUUUGGAUGAAUUGAAUAGUUUCUUUUGAACGGUUAUGAAAGUUUACUAAAUCGAGCAAAAAAAAAAAAAGGAACAGAGAGCGAUGAGAUGAGAGAUGAUGAUGAGGGCCUAUCCUAUUGCUCUCCUCACACUGGGAUCUUACAACACCUUUUCCCACUUUCCCUCACACAAUUCAUGAAAUAUUUGUAUCCCAUCCCCCAGUAUAUGAUUAUGCCGUUAGCAUUGCGAUGAACAACCUCACCAGGAGCUGAUCUAUAUUUCCAUUCUUUCCAUAUAGACCAAGCGAACCCAUUUGCGAAAGCCCUCACACCAUCCUCCCCCAAUCGAAUUCCUAUCAUCUCGCUUUUUGGCAUGUUAAUUUUCUGAGCAAAAAUGACUGUGAAUAAUCUUAAGGCCUUUAUUAAAUUAACCACGUGAUUUUUGUUCUCUUCACAAGAGAAAAGUGUGUCAUUUGAGUACUGAAAGUGGGAGGUCUACAUGUCGUCCUGACCUACUUUAAAACUGGUGCAUGAGCCUCUCUUGGUAGCUUAGUUAUCAUCCUACCCAGAUCCUUGGCCAUGAAAAAUGAAUAAUGAGUAAUAGCGGGGACAAGGGAUCACCCUACCGAGUAACUGUUUACCCCUGGGAAAACUUUCAAAGAUCUGUUUACCAUAACCGAGUAAUGGGCAGAAUCAACACAUUCAGACAUCCAUUGUGUCCAUCUCACCCCAAAUCUCAACUUGCGUGUACCAAGUCCCAAUUCAUAUAAUCAUAAGCUUUAUCCAUAUCCAUUUUCAAAUUAACUCAGGUUUUCCCUCUGUCUCAAGUCGAUGCAUUCACGAGGAAUCAAUGCCCCAUCCAUGAUUUGUCUGCCAUGAAGAAAAGCACCCUGAGACCUGGAUAUGGCUCCUCCCAACACCGGUCUUAGCCUUCCCACUAGCACCUUAGGCCCUAUUUGGUAGACAUCUAAAAAUGAGUUCAUAUCCUAAAGAUGGACACCUAACUUCAUAAUCCAUAAAGGAAAAUAUCAACUAAAAGGUCUUCCUAAAACAGAAAUGCACUAAUGACUAAAUGCAAAUAAGAUCCUAAGAUUCUGCAAGACAAAUCUCCCAAAAUAAUGAAAUAUCUCGAGUAUGGGUUGCUUUGCAUCCAGCCGCACUAUCAAAGCGGGUCCAUCUGUGGUGAUGGAUGGCCCAGAUAUAUCACUAAUCUGGUCAAACUGCAAUUUAGCAAGGCUAGGACGAAUCCACUCUUCAUCAGUUAAAAGUUUAGCAAAGAAUUCCUCUACAACAUUUGAGGCCUUUUUCUCCCCCCACUCUUCUCUCGCUGAUUAAGCUGCGAAUCCUGUUUUGUGUUCUCCUUGCAUUUGCAAUCCCAUGAGAAGGCUUCAUAUUUUUGUUGGCUUCCUUGAGUCAAGUUGCUCUCUAUAUUUGGCAAUGCUUAAUCUCUCCUCAUGCACCUUUUCUUUCAAAGUCUAGUUUGAGGGAGUCCCUUUUCUUCCUUCCAAUGCCUUGAGAAAUAGAAUCUUUAAUUUAACCUUCUCUAGAUUGCUGAAGUGGUCCUUCCCUUUCUUGGGUUAAUCCUUUCAGCUUCGUUGACAUCAACAUAUGGGCAGCACACCCCUCGGCUAUAAGUGAUCCCAAUUAAAUAGUUCUUCUUAGUAACAUUUUUUUAUAUUUAUCAUUCUUAGUGUCACAUCAUCUGGAUUCUUCAAGAGCUAUCAAGGUUGAAUGCCUCAAAGUGCUCCUUUUCCAACCUUUGCAAGAUAUAACUUUUUGGAGAAAUGUUUCUUGCCUUCGAAUGUGCCAUUUUUUUUAUUUUUUUAUUUUUAUGUAGGUCAUAUUGUAAGUUUUGGAUAAAAUGCUUCAUCAGGGAUGUGAAGCUCGACAUAGCCAACAAGCUAGUUCAUAUGUUUUGUGUUAAGCAUGCUGCAAGUGGAUUAAUAGAAAGUGGAGCUAAUAGCUCAAAGUGCAAACGCAUGGGAGUACAAUGUGAUUAUAUUCAGUUUGUUGAGAAAGGUAAACAGCUAGUUAAUUACAUACAAAAGAUAUGAUAGUAUGAAGGAUAUAAUUGAUGAAUUAUUUCAUAGCAUUUAGGCGUGAUGGUUUUAUGGAUGUUUAAGUCUGUUAAUACCAAAGCGCUUGUUUGUUUAGUCAUGAAUGAUGUACCCAAAAUGUGGGUUAAAAAACCUCAUGUUUGGCAAUAUGGUCAUAAAGGCUACAUCCAUAGGUGAGUAGAAGAAAAACUUAUGACAUGUUGCUGAAGUAGUUGGUCCUUGUUUGUUUAGUCAUGGGUGGUGUAUUCACAAACGUGGGAAAGAAAAAAAAUAAAAUUCAUGUUCAGCAAUAUAGUGGUAAAGGGUGCAUCCUUAGAUAAGUGGGACAAAACCUUAUGACAUGUUAAUAAAGUCAGCCCUAGUGCUCAACAGGGAUGGGUUGGUAAGUGUGGCAGUAUGAAUACAUUUGUUGGCACAUCUCAUGUCCUCAAGACCUCAUUUGAGUAGCCCACUAGGAAACUAACCACUGUCCACUGAGGAAAAAGGAAGUCAAAUAGUCAACACUCUCCCUUCCCUGACCACCUCCACCCCAAGAUUCUUCAUUCCUUGAAACACCCCUUUAAGAAUUCAAACCUCCACUGCCAUCAGUCACUCUCUCCAUCAUAACGCUGUUCUCAUGACUUCUUCCCCAAAAUUCAUACCUCCAUCCUGUUCAAACGAUGAGCAACAGUCAAGGAAAUCAUCCUAGUGGCGGUGAUAGUGGUAUUGAAUGCCUUCACCGCAGCAGGAUAGAUGAUGUUGGGAGUGUGAGUGAAGAACUCCACAGUGCUGUCAGAUCUACCGAUCAUGGUUUCGAUCUUCAAGGUGGGGUAAAAGUGGUGGAAGGCCUGGGAGACUUGAUGGUGGGAGGGGAUUUGGGCUUACUUUUUGAUACACUGUUUGUGACAGAGAAAGGGUGGAAUUAAUCGGUGUUGGAUGAGGUAUAAAUCUAUGACUGCUAUGUCAAUAAACUGAUCAAAUGGUCACAUUUUCCCAUAUCAUGAACUUAAAUAGUAGCAUUUGUCUUUUCGUAUUUCAAUUUAAAUGUGUUUGAUUUCAAUCAUUUAUCCAUUUAUUCUGGUUCUCUAUUUGAUUUCUAUCAUGCAUCCAACUUCUGUGUUAAAAAUUGUGGUAUCUUUAGCAUUUGGAUGGCCACCUCCACUCAAUUCUCCGUGAUUCUGAGUAAUGGAUGUGUUCAACAUGUUAUGUGCUUGAUUAGAUACAUAGAAGUUUGCUGAGCACACAUGCAUACAAGGCCCUGGCCAUCUGCAUGCAUUCACGUGCCAAUAUGGGAUGUGUGACAGAUCCAAGCUUUCCGGCAGGUGGGCCACACUGAUUAGGUCUUCCGGCUCAAAAUUUUCUCUGUUGAAACUACUCAGGUGGGCCACAGAGUAAACACAAUCGGAUGGCUUAAAGAAAAAUUUCUAUCCAUCCAUCUGUUGUGUACACCAAGGCCCAUCUGAGGGGUAAAACCAUGUGUAAAACAGCAUGAUUUACGGCAUAAGACCUAAACAGUGUUUCCCACCUUAUGGUAGGCUCAGAUCUUGCACACCCGUGUCUUUAAUUGCAUGUGUGGCUGCAAGCGGAUGGGUGGGGUUUUACUCAUGCAUGUGAACUGAGUAAAAAUCGAGACCUAUUUUCCAAAUAAGUAGUUAUGAAAAACCAACAGUACUUCCAAUAGAAGAUUUGCAGUAAAAUUGGUUUGUUUAAAAGUUAAUCUGUUUGUCUGAGACAGUCUUUUUCUGUUAUUUACUCUUUUUACAUCUGAGCGUCGAUUUGGGGCCAUCGCCUUGUUUUG